GGAUUGGACUAUCGAAGAAAAGGAAGAGACGAAAGAAAACUUCGUAUAUUUUAACCGAAAAGCUUCACUAGAAUGUCCACUCUGCAAACGUAUACAUGACAAGAAUCAGCGGUGGUUUGGUCACGUAUAUGCUAGUGGUGAAUUUAUAGUAAAAUGUUUUCGGCAGAAUAGUUAUGAGCGUGGGGAAAUUUUUGAAUGUGACCAAUCUAUUGCAGAAAAAAUUCAGCAAGAAAAUAAAAAAUCUCUGCAAUCCUCUUACAAGGUCAAGGUUCCGGGCUUCCCUAAAGCCUUCGUAAAUUUCCCAUCUUGGGCCAAGUAUAAUGAGUCCCUUUCAGCAACAGAAAUAAAUGAGCAGAGAUAUGUAAGACCAUUACCCAAUGAAGUAUUAUCCACGCGUCACUCUUACUCGAAUGCUGUUACUACAAGACUCAACCUCAAAUCAUAUUGUGAUAUCGAUGGUAAUAUAAAUCUACCUAAUCAUAAGAGGGUAGUAUGCCAGAUAGAAAGCUUAUAUCGUAUUACCAAUAAUUGUAAAUGUAAUAAAAAAUGCAAAUGUCCUCCAAUCCAAUACGAUUUGUGGCUUGAUGAAAUAGUAUCUAUAAUUGCUCAAGUACAAAGUCAUUUGGUGAGUCAAUCGAUAGAGAAGUUAUAUAAAUUGAUUCAAGAGGCUAGGCGUAUCAUUGUAAUGGAUAAUGAUUUAACUGACCUCAACAUUGAAUGGAUUAAGACCCUUCGUAAAGAUAUACCUCUUUCUAUUAUCCACAAUACUUACCAGCCUCAGAAAGACUGGGCCAAGCAUAUGUCUUCAUUACCUUUUGAGAAUAGAACAAGUAUGUCACUUAUUUGCCAUCUUAGAAAAGAUGUGCAAGGAAUUAUUCGCGCCCUUAAGACUGAUUUUCCAGAAUUAAGGAUCAAGGAAUACCAUGGCAAGUCUGAUCCGGUGGAAAAGGCUCAUGACUUCAGCAACGUAGAAGAAUCAUGGAAAGAU